GUCACAGUACAGGCACUUAAAACCGACCGGGACACAGACACCUAGAAUGCGAGGCGCUCCCAAGAUACACAAAGCAGGAUUUCCGCUACGUCCGAUUAUGUGCAUGAACAAUUCACCUUACCACAAUGUCGCGCGGUGGCUGGCCAAACUAUUAGAUCCGGUGCGUAAACUCCUCGCUACGUAUUGCCUGAAGGACUCCUUUGAACUGGCUGAGACACUGGAACAAUUGUCACUGAGUGGAGAGCUUAUGUACUCAAUAGAUGUGGACUCCUUAUUCACAAAUGUGCCUUUACGUGAGACGGUUGAUAAUUUAUGUGAUUUUAUCCUGAGUCAAAAUAUCUCUGUUGGCCUGCCAGUGGAGUAUUUAAAGGAUAUGAUUCUAUUGUG